UUUAGGCAAUCGUAAUCGAAGCAUUGCAUAGAAUUGAAAAUAGUUGUGGUAUUAAAGUCAAUUGAAAGUAGGACAAGGACAAAAUAUUUCCGUUUAAUGAAUUGAAAACCAAUGCUGAUUUUCAGCUGGCCAGUAAUAAUUGCUCAAAAAGGAUCAACGCACAUGCGGCGAAACUCUACAGGACACAAAGCAAUUCAAUUAAAAUAAAUCGAAGAGAAAUAAUUGAUGCAGACACAUUUUACGACACAAAGUUGAGUCGCAGAGUGCAACAGACGCCAAUUUGCCAUUCCAUAGCGGUAGCAGCAGCUCAACUUGCAACAUCCACAAACACAAAAACAAAAGCAAAGAAGUGCACCGAAGCACAAAGCAACGAGCCACAGUAAGAGGCAGGUCGAGCGACGAGGAAGUGUUAAGUUUAUUCAGCAAAAGCUCCAACCCAACUUACAGCCGCCACUGUGGCACUCAGUGGUCGCCUCAGUACCACCAACCCUGCCGCAGCCAUGCCAGGGUCGUGCCAACGUCUCCGUUUACCCUCACUGGCGGCAGUGAUGCGCACAUCACGCGCCUCCACCACUGACUACUCCGCCUCGACGAUACGCAAGGAACAGCGACGUGUCGUCAUGAUGGGUGCGGCACGCGUCGGCAAAACUUGCAUCAUCUCACAGUUCCUCUAUGAUAAAUUUCAAACACGUUAUAAACAGACGGUGGAGGAAUUGCAUCGAGGUGAAUAUGAGCUGCCCGAUGGCUCAGCGUUGACGUUGGACAUUUUAGAUACAUCCGGUUCGUAUGAGUUCCCAGCAAUGCGCACAUUAUCGAUAUCAACAGCGGGUGCUUUCAUUCUGGUCUAUGCGGUGGACGACAAGCAGUCAUGGUGCGAGGUGGAACGACUAAGAAAUCAGAUAAUUGCAGCGCGUGGCCUCAAAGUGCCCAUUGUCAUCGUUGGCAAUAAGGUGGACAUAAAUGAGGCUGAUCGGCAGGUGCAGCAUGAAGUCACCGAAAUGAUUGUGUGCGAAGAUUGGAAAUGUGGCUACAUCGAAUGUUCAGCGAAAGAGAAUGUGGGCAUUGUAGAGAUCUUUAAAGAGCUGCUGGUGCAGGCGGACAUACGUUACAAUCUGAGUCCGGCCGUGAGGCGGCGAAGACAGUCGCUACCCUCCUACAGCAGCGCGGGAGCGGGUGCGGCACGCGGCAACAAGGGCCCAUCACAUAAAUACACAUUGAAACGUCACUCAUGCACCAUGACAUGAAGGGCAUGAACGGAUGUAAUGGAGCCAACAAAGGUGAUGAGAAUUCCUUGAACGCAUAAGGA